UUUUUCGUUGCCAUGUUCAAUAUCUAUUAUUAAUUAUCAGCGAUAAUAUUCAGUAACCCAUUGAAAUCUUUUAAAGGGUGGACGGGAGAGUGAUGAUUUUGCCUGAUUGAUCUUGGAGACCUCGCGUGGUGGAAGCCCGAGACUCCGGAUGCAGAUGCGUCACCGUGAGCUCAGCAAUUUAUUUUAGCCUUUGGAAAGAAUACGCAGCUGCAUCGACUUAAUCCCGACCUUUUUGGAAAAUCUUUUUACGCUGAUAAUUAAAUAAGAUACCGUCUCAAGUUUUGAAAUUUUUUCGAAGAAAGGAGAAAGAAACCCCAUAAGAAAGUUAAGGACAACAAGAGAAAAUUCCACAUUUAACAAUUUAAAUAAUUUUGUUUUUUAAAACACAGAGAGAGGAACUUUCAUUAAAUUUUACAAAAGCUUGCUAAAAUUAUACGCGAUCUCUCGAAUAAAUGUUUUAUAUUACGCCGUAGACUUUUUAAGUUCUUUUUAAUUGUGAAAUUACAUUAAAAUAUUUGUUGAAAAUAAAUAUAUAUAAUAUAGAUUUAAAAAAUUACACAGGUAUUUAUUUUAGACAAGAUAUAUACUUCAUCCACAAGUAUAUAUUUAAAAUACAGAAGACAAUAGAGAAUUAUUACUUAAAAUGAGACAUACCAAUUGAUCCUCGCAAUGUCUAGUUUAUAAAAUAAUUUACGUUCUAGUUUAUACAAUAAUUUACAUUUGUUGUUAAUCUAUCGGAAAAUUUUUCGAAUAUUUGAAAAUAUCGUUCAAUUUAGCGUAACUUUGAUUUAUCUUGUUUUUAGAAACUUCAAAUAUUGUUACGUAAACGUUUUUUGUGCUCUUCAGCAUGUCUUGGAGAAUCCCGCGGCAAGUGAUGUGACCAAUAAGCAUUAGAUAUAUCUUACUUGCAAACCAAGUCACGUUCGUCUAGCGAAGUUAUAAAACACGUAUUACAACGAAGAGCGCGUCAGUUCGUAUGUACCAUUUAUUAAACGUACUUCUAAUACGAUGCUAAUGCGCAUUUACUAGUAGUUUGAAUCAAAGUUCGACACUGUAAAAUAUUAUAGAUAGAAAUAUUCGUAUAAUAGUGUGUCGUAUUAAUUCAAUAAACACUCGAGUUUACAGAACAUUUAAGUUCUUCUCUCCGUAUAUACUGCAAUUCUUGUGUGAUAAUGACACAUUAGAACAUUAUCUAUUUCUGUCUAAUCUAUCUCUGUACUUGCAGCGAAAAUGCGUGUUCGACCUGGAUGACGCAUUGACUUUAACAUCGUAUAGUUUUUAUCGCGUGAUAGGAGUAGUUAUCGAUGCGUCGAUAGUGCACACAGUUAUCAUGAUAAAUGCAGAAGUCUGAAUGGUUUCUUGUCUUGAGGUGGGAACUUGAAGAAUUAAUAUUGGUAUAUAUAUACACACGUUUUUAUAUACAUGUACGUGUAUUGUGGAUUUGAAUACAUCUAAAGAAGAAAACGAACGAAGAGGAUUAUCGAGAAAAAUAUCAAUGGCAAUUGAUUAAUGACGCUGAAAGGACUGGCGUGCACUUUUAAAAAACUUUGUCUUGCACACACAUGCACAUACAUGUGCGUACGCCGGCACGCACACAUAUGGAGUUGGAGUCGAAACGUGCCGAUAAUUUUAAAUGGUAAAAAUAAUAUUCUACUAUAACAAGAUAUUGGCUUAUUAUUGGAUUGUCUUGAUUAAAUAAGAAAGAUAACGAUAAUAAGCUAUUGAUUAAAUUAAAAAUAACUAUAUACGAUUUAAUUAAAUUAAUGAAAGAAAGUAUAAGAUUGAGGGAGAGAAAUUAAAUAGCGAGAUUCUGGAUUUCCGAAGAUGUUUUUGCCGACGUUCGUCAACAAAACAUAUUUGGCGGUUCUGCUACUGUUACUGCUAUACUUCAUCGGGAUGGAUCUGCUACUCUAUUUCAGAGUGCAGAAUUAUGACAUCCGCCCACGUGCGAACAACACACAGGCAUUGCCGUAUCGCUCGCCCAUCCUCUGCGAUCUGAAUCCGAUUUGCACGGUGACGGUGAAGGCCAUGAUGCUGGACCACCCUAAUCAUUAUAUCUUAAGUCCCCUGGCGUCCCUGGUGGAUUAUCUGCUGGGUAUCAGUCGCUCUUGGACCUGGUUGACGCCGAAUGCCAUCAGCGUCUCCCACGUGAUAAUAGCCAUAAUCGGCGCCCGAUGCAUCACGCGGAGUUCUCUCUUCAGCAGGCAAGUGGGCGUCGUGUUGUUCCAAGUCAGGGCCUGGAUGGACGAUCUGGACGGGCACGUGGCGAGAACGAGACUCAAUAUCAAAGGCGAGAAGUCCGACGUCGGCUCCAUCGGCUUCUUCGUGGAUGGCAUUUGCGACGCUCUCGGUUGCAUCGCUCUCAUAGUCGCAUUAUUCGUCUUCCUGAGGCGCAACGCCAACGAUUGCGCCAAUUACGAGCGACCCGUGCGAGCGCCGUUGCUACCGUCGCUGCCCCACAGUGCCGUCGCCUCCAACUCGUACUGGAAAUCGCCCCUGUAUAACAUGCUGAUAGUAAGCUUGCAUUUCUCCUUAAUAAGCAUCGCUUGGAACCGAUACAUAUCCUUGUAUCAGGAUCUCCUGGAGAUCGACAAUAAAAACAUUCCUCCGAUCGACCGGGAAGAUUUCUACGAUAGACAGACCGUUGUCUACAGAAGUUCCGCCUUUUGGGCCAUCACUCUCGCCUGGAAGAUGUUCAACUUUCACGCGAUGAUGGAUUACAUGCUCCUGGCGAUAUUUCUGCCCGGAAAUCUGCGAUGUCGCAUCCAGGAGUACGUCAGGCUUACAUGGUGGCAGAUACCCGCCAUUCUGUCGGUGCUCACAUUCAUCAGCGAGCUUCAUUAUAUUAACGCGUACGCUUAUGUGAAAAUAUUAACGAUAAAUUAGAGUUAAUUAGGGUUUCUUAUUUUCUUCGGUAUAGAUUUGUCAUCUAUGAUAAUUUAUUGUUCUCGUUACCGCGACGCGACAUUUCAUGUUCUUGUUUUUUUUAUUGUAAUUUCAAUGACAAUUGCUCAAAAUCUUAUCGCUAAAUUGUUUUGAAUUCUUGUUUUUCAAAUGAUAAUUAAUAUAAUUAUAUGAUUAAGAGCUUAUUACAUACAAGUUUUUUCUGUAACUUUAAAAAUCUAAUUUAAAUAUUAAUUUAAUAACAUGAUUAAUUUAAUAAUAACAAUUUACAUUAUAUAUUAAGUUAGUCAUAACUGUUAUGAUAACAAUCAAGUAAUAGAAAAUGUGCCAAUACAGGCUGGAUCAGCUCUGUGCCUUUAUAUAAUGAUAUUUUUUGCGUCAAUUUAUGUACAUUUUUCGUUUUGCAAACCAUGCGCUGUUACUGUCAAUCUUAAAAUGCAGUUUGAAGUUGAAGCUAGAAUAAUAUAUAUUAUCACAUAAUUUAUAAUAAUUUAAUAACACAAAUACUAAUACGCAU